CCGAGGAGCCGCCAGUAGGUGAGGGCGCGCCGUCCGGGCGGCUGCGGCAGAGCCGGCUCAGGCCGGGGGCCUGCGGGGCCGCGGGGCGCGGGUGCCUCGUCGGAGAGUGUUCGCUCCGCAGGGUGUCAUUGUGCGUCCGUCCCCGGCGCGGGGCGAGUGGCCGCGGCGAGGGCGCGCUCUUGGGGGCCGGGCGCCGCUCGGGGCCGGGCUGUGAGGGGCGAUGCGCGCGGGCUCGGAGCCCCAGCGGCCGCCGUGGUCAUCCUCGGGGGACUGUGUCGGGGCCUGUGUCGCGGUGUGUGCCCAGGGCCCCAGCCAGUGCCCAGCCCCGCUGGGAGCCCCGGCCAGCACCACGGACGGCACCCAGGAAGCCCGAGUUCCCCUGGACGGGGCCUUCUGGAUCCCGAGGCCCCCGGCAGCUUCGCCCAAGGGCUGCUUCGCCUGCGUGUCCAAGCCCCCCGCCCUGCAGGCUCCAGUGGCCCCCGGGCCUGAGCCCUCAGCCUCACCCCCCAUGGCACCCACCCUGUUCCCCAUGGAGUCCAAGAGCAGCAAGACAGACAGCGUGCGGGCCACCAGCGCCCCCCAGGCCUGCAAGCACCUGGCGGAGAAGAAGACCAUGACGAACCCCGCGACGGUCAUCGAGGUCUUCCCGGACACCACGGAGGUGAACGACUACUACCUGUGGUCCAUCUUCAACUUCGUCUACCUCAACUUCUGCUGCCUGGGCUUCAUCGCCCUGGCCUACUCCCUCAAAGAGGAGGGGUGACGUCACUGCUGGAGACCUUCUUGUCCGAGCCCCUUGCAGGGAACCCGAUGCCAGGCAGGCACUCAGAGGGAGGCCGUGACAGACAGACGGGGGUGCCGACCCCCAGCCACUGCUCC